CCUUCUUGCCCAAACUUGACGUCACAAAGCGGAAGAGUUCUCACUAUUUUUAUGCUAAUAUGGCAGCGCCGUCGGGCGGAGGCGAUACGGGCAUUGGCAAUGACCAGAUAAUUGCCUUGGGAUCGGCACUUCUCAAUAACUUUGUCUAUGAACGAGUUCGUCGUCAUGGGCACAGCGAAGCUGAAGUAACCCGAAGUCAGCUGGAUGGUGUUGAGCUGUGCGACCCCAACCAUAAACGUCUUGGGCAGUGUUUACAGCAGAUUGGAGAUGAGCUGGAUGGAAAUGUGCAUCUGCAGAGUAUGGUAAAUGACCCUGCUCUUCAACCAACUCAAGAAGUCUUCAUGAAAGUGGCCCGAGAGAUCUUCUCUGAUGGGAAGUUCAACUGGGGCAGAGUGGUGGCGCUUUUCUACUUUGCUUGUCGGCUUGUCAUCAAGGCUAUUACAACCAGGAUUCCUGACAUCAUCAGAACCAUCAUAAGCUGGACUAUGUCCUACAUUCAGGAACACGUUAUUAACUGGAUCAGGGAACAGGGUGGAUGGGAGGGAAUCCGCUCCUAUUUCGGGACCCCGACAUGGCAGACUAUCGGCGUUUUCCUGGCUGGGGUACUCACCACAGUGUUGGUGAUCCGCAAAAUGUGAAAAGACUGACAGGAAGGUGGAGAGCGCGAGAAGAGAGAGUUGAGACAAUGAACAGAGGGUGAAACAGACCAGCAAAGAAGAACAGAAAGAUGAGGGGGAAGAGAAAGGGAUAUGGAGUAGAGAAAACGGCCUCAACUAAUCAAAAGAGAGAGAGGAGGAGGAAAGAGUGAGAGCAAGCAUGAUGCAACUGUCUCGAGCCACUCUUGUUUCUGCGAAGCCUGUGCUCUUUCUCAUCUACAACUUUAAACCUUGAUAACAUUUGCACUGAAAAUCAGAGACUAAUGCGUAAGAGUUCAGGUUUAGGCUUGAUUUUAGCUAUUUAUUUUUAGUUUGGGCUUAUGAGUGUCUAGGUUAUAUAAAAGACUGGAUUGGUAUUUGAUUUAAUUUAUAGACAUUGUCUCAAUGCAGAAAUUUCUAAGUUAGGAGUCUCAUAUUCUCAUAUUUUGAUUUUUUUGUCCUAAAUUGUGCGUAAUGACAGUCAAAAUUACAUUUGGUCAA